UUGCAGAAACGUGUCAAGUUACCAUUGGUAAACCUCAAUCAACACAUAACCUGCAAAUUGUGCAAUGGGUAUCUUGUUGAUGCAGCAACCAUAACAGAAUGUCUGCACACUUGUAAGUCCACGAAUUUACAUGACUUUCCUAUUGACCUAGUAUGAGGGGUAGACUAGGGAAUAUUGGCUAGAGAUAGUAGCUGUAGAUUCUGUGAACAUAAACUAGGACUUCACAGUUUCUCAAAAGUGGCAAAGCACUCACUCACUCACUCACUCAACCUCCUCAUCCCAGCUGGGACAAAAGGGCACAAUAACACCUUGGGACUUUUAAGCCUGUCAUCCUGAGCUUUGGCCUGUGCUUUGCUCCAUGUCUCCUCCAGCUCAUUCCUGAUCAUCACUGUUCUCCACCAGGUGGAUUUAAUCGGCUGGUGUCUCUUUUCCUUCUCUCAUUUGGAGUCCAUCUCAUGGCUGCAACUUUGAAUUAUCAGUGGGCGCUAAAGUUGAGGGUGGCACUUACUUGUAUUUAGGGGUGAUGUAAUAUAAAUCUUCUUUUUCUUGUGAAUAACACUGAUUUCUUUCUUCCUUUUUCUUUGCGUGGUUCAAAAAUGAUAAGAACAGAUUAAAAGGUAACAAAAGAUACAUGCAGUACACAGAAAUGUAUUUUGAGGUCUGUUUCCCUAUAAAUCAACCAUCUGUAAGAGCUUAAAUUCCAGCGGGUCCAAGCAGCUUUCACUUCUUGCUCAUCUCCAUUUUGUUAGAGGAUGACUUGCAUGGACCAGCAAGAAAUCCUACUUGUCCGGAACUACUGGAUAGGACUUUUUUCGAGCCCCAAAUCAUGUCAUUAUUAUCAUAAAUAUUUUGUCCAAAGCAAUAAUUAAAAAUAUUCAUCAGAGCAGUGUUGGGCAAUUAACUCUUGAAUCAAGGGGUUUGGGGCACUUUGUAGUGAAUACAUUGUAUUAGNGUAAGAGCUUAAAUUCCAGCGGGUCCAAGCAGCUUUCACUUCUUGCUCAUCUCCAUUUUGUUAGAGGAUGACUUGCAUGGACCAGCAAGAAAUCCUACUUGUCCGGAACUACUGGAUAGGACUUUUUUCGACCCCCAAAUCAUGUCAUUAUUAUCAUAAUAUUUUGUCCAAAGCAAUAAUUAAAAAUAUUCAUCAGAGCAGUGUUGGGUGCAAUUAACUCUUGAAUCAAGGGGGUUGGGACACUUUGUAGUGAAUACAUUGUAUUAUUAAAGGUAUCAUCCUACCUUCAGAACCGUCUUCAUACAGAUUGCUCUUAAGCGCUUCUAGCCCUACACACUGUACUAUUUCUGAAAGCUUAAUGGUUGUAGAUCAUACAGCUAAUUUCUUUUGAAAAACGAAAAUGCUAAUGCAUUUCAGAAAUAACAAGCUUUCUGCAAAAGUACAUGUCUCUGUAAAUUUAAGUCCCCAAAGUCUCUGCAGAGUAACAUUUUUUCAAAAAAUUAUGAAUAUUGUUAUCAUGGAUACCUUUAUUAUUCUGUGCCAAUAUUCCUCAGUACAGUCCAAACCAGUACUGAGAUCAAUAACAUGUUUUGAUCUAUUCUUAAAUAUUUUGUCUUACAUUUUAUUAUUGUUAGUUUGUAAGAGCUGCCUUGUGAGACAUAUUGAACUUGUUAAUCGAUGUCCAACAUGCAACACUGUUAUUCAUGAGACACAACCACUUUAUAAUAUCAGGUAAAAAUGAAUAUUAAUUUUAAGUAAGUUGUAUUUUCCACUGGCUGAGGAACAAAAUAGGUGGAAAAUGUUUUCUCGCACACCGCUGAGACCUGGGCCCAAGGGGUUGUUUUGAGUCAUGUGCUCGUUGUUGUUUGUCAGUUGCUUUUUUGCUGUCCGCCUUUGCUGAUGGAAAUUUCAGAGCACAAUAGUUUUUUCGAGGUUUUAUCACAAAUUUUGUUGUUUUUUAUGCUGUACCAUGAGUGCUAAGACGCUUAGGUCAAAGUCUCAGUCUGGAGCAAUUCUUAUUUUUUAUGACUGUAGUGAAACCCUUCUCCAGUAUUAAUAUUGAUAAAUAUUCCCCCAGGCAAUCAGGGAGACCAUGAUCUUGAGACUAGUCUACAUUGUUCUAUCGACCAGAGGCUGCUCACCUGGGAGACCUGCUGCGGUUAUUAGUACGACCGGACACAAAAAUCAUUGUCUCCUGAUCACUUGCGGUUUUGCGAUGAUUGCAAAGUGUCUGAGUUGA